AUCCACCAUAAAAAUACUUGAUGGUCAAAUAUCAUCCCGUAUCGUAAACUUGGAUCAAGAAGAGCGAAAGUAUAUGUGGCAUUGUAUUAUUCUGAAAGGAAACUAGUCUUUUAGAGAAGAGGGCUCCCAUUUUCAACUAAGAAAUUUGAAUCUCUGAAUGUGUAGUAAGACAGGUUAUCGCCGAAAAGGAACAAAUAAUAGGCAGUUCCAGGUUCAUAACAUGUGGUGGCACAGGUCCUUGGUUAUUUAGGAAUGAGACUGAUCUCAUUUGGACCACCAAGUGGAGGCCAUGUGUAGGGAAACGCAUGGAGGGCAGAGAUGAGUAUUGGAUUCUGUCAUUGGGAGAGUGACGUGAGGGGAUCAGUGCAUGCAAGGAAUGGGUGAAAAGUGACAAAUUGCAUGGGAUUGGCGGUGGAGAAUAGGAGAGGAGGAAGACCAAUGGAUGUCAGACCCAUAACUAUUUAUAGAAAAAACCAAAAAAAAAAAAAAAGAAAAAAAGCCGAGGAUUGCAGCAGAACAAGAGCCAUUUGCAGGUAGAGAGAGAAAGAGUAUGCAAAAGAAAAAAGCUGGACAUUUGUGUAACGUUUGAAAGCCAACCCACCACUCAGUUCCAGAACAAGUGGGGGACUGACUUUAGCUUUUAUGUCACCCAAUCCUCCCACAUUGGCCAUCACAAAUCUGAUCUUAUUUUGCUCAGCUCCUCUGACACUGACUUCUGUUAAUUCCGCACUCUCUCUCUCUCUCUCUCUCUCUCUCUCUCUCUCUCUCUCUCUCUCUCUCUCACAUAUUAAUUUUCCUACUUAAUUUUUGGUUGGUUUUCUUGAAUGCAAUAUUAAUACUGCACGAGGGCUUAAGUUGGUUUUCUUAAAUGCAAUAUUAAUACUGCACAAGGAAAACAGUAGACAUGGAACCAAAAAAAACAAAGCUUAAAAACUCCUGGAACAAUUGCUCUUGAAACCGCAACAACCAUAAGAGACAGAGGGAGCAUGCUGUGAUAGAGCCAGUUAUUGGUGGGAGCAAAUGAUAAUAAGAUUGGAAAAUGGAAUCUCUCUCUCUCUCUCUCUCUUCUCACACUCAUUCUCUCUCACUUAUCUUUUCUGUUCCCAAUCCCAUGCAACCCACACCUCUGUGUCAAGCACUCUAUUUAAUAAUUACACUGAUAGACUCUUCACAUUUUUCAACUCUUUUGAGAAGUUCGCUUCUGAACUCUUUUUUUCUAAGCUUUUUUCUGAUCAGAUCAAACGCCAAAGCUCAACUCUCAUCCCUGUAUAUUUGCUUCAUUGUCUCUCUCUUUUCUGUUUUCUUUUUGCUCUCACUGCCACUCUGCAAGCUCAACCCAUUUCUCCUUGGCCUUUUUGGAGAUAUGGAAGAUGAAGAGAAAGCAACCCAUGUAGCUGGAGCAAACAACACUGCAGAAGAUACAUCUUCCAGAGUAUUCCCUUGUUUGUUCUGUUCAAGAAAGUUUUUCAGUUCUCAAGCUUUGGGAGGUCACCAAAAUGCCCACAAGAAAGAAAGAACAGCAGCAAGAAAGGCCAAACGAGCUUCUGAUCAAUUCUCACCGGUCAGCUUCUCAUCCCCUCCACAAUCUCCAAUAGUGUUUGCUUCAAAUCAAAACUUGGGUCUUCUUCAUCCUUCAAUGUAUAUUGCUGCUCAUUCGGCAAACCUCCGCUAUUUUCCUAGUAGCCACCAAUUCUCACAUCGUUUUGGGUCCAACGGUGCACCGAGAUUUGAGAAUGUAGUAUACCAUGGAGGGAGUUGUUCGAGUAAUGGUUAUCCAUGUGAAGAGGAUCAGCAAAGCUUCUUGAAUUGGCAGAGGAGUAAAAGAUGCGGUAGUUCAUCUCAACAUGCGUCGUUGAUGAUGAACAGCAAUUACAAUAUUUCAGUUGGGAAUGGUGAAAAGGGUAACGACGUCCAAAAACUUGAUCUUUCUCUCCAUUUAUAGAUUAAUGGUUGAGACCAAAAAAAAAAAAAAAAAAAAAAAGUUGCAUUUUUGUUUUGGUUUUUUCUGGUUCUAUGUUUUAAUAAUUAAAGCGUGUUUUAGCGUUUUA